GCGCAUGCGUUAGAAAGGAAGACUUUCGCAGGCGCCACCUUGUGAGACAGUCCUAUCGCAGAAGUUAUUUCGAGUAGUUCUUCGGUGGUUGUGUUAGUCCGGUUUUCCCGUGAUUUUUUCCGAUCUCAAAGGAUCCCGGUUACUGCUACUCCGUUAAAAAGAGCGAUGUCGAUGGCUGGGUAUUAAAGCAACCAGGAGCUGACUGGAGAAAAAUCUAGUCGCGCUCAUUUGAAUCACUGUUGAGUAUCAGCCAGUAAACACACACAAGGAUCAUGAAAAUGGUGCUGUCUCAACGUCAGAGGGAGGAGUUAAAUAAGGCGAUUGCGGACUAUCUAAGCACCAAUGGCUAUCAAGAUGCGUUGGAAGCGUUCAAAAAAGAAGCUGAUAUGCCUGGGGAAGUAGAAAGAAAAUAUGGAGGUCUUCUCGAAAAGAAAUGGACUUCCGUUAUACGCUUGCAGAAGAAGGUAAUGGAACUAGAAUCCAAACUCUCUGAAGCAGAGAAGGAGUUCAUCGAAGGAGCACCGACACGUAGCAAACGAUCACCAUCCGAGUGGAUACCAAGGCCACCCGAAAAGUACAGUCUUACUGGACACAGAGCUCCCAUCAACAGAGUCAUUUUCCAUCCGGUUUUUAGUCUUAUAGUAUCUGCCAGCGAAGAUGCCACCAUUAAGGUGUGGGACUUCGAAAGCGGCGAAUUUGAAAGAACAUUGAAAGGACACACUGACAGCGUACAGGACGUUUCUUUCGAUGUCUCUGGGAAACUGUUAGUCUCAUGCAGUGCAGACAUGUCUAUUAAGUUGUGGGACUUUCACCAGUCAUUCGCCUGCGUGAAAACCAUGCACGGACAUGAUCACAGUGUCAGCUCUGUCGCAUUUGUGCCACAAGGGGAUUUCGUAGUGAGCGCCUCUAGGGAUAAGACCAUCAAAAUAUGGGAAGUCGCGACAGGGUAUUGUGUUAAAACGUUGACGGGACACAGAGAGUGGGUACGAAUGGCCAGAGUCAGCCCCUGCGGGGAACUAAUUGCUAGUUGCUCGAAUGACCAAACGGUACGGGUUUGGCAUGUUGCAACAAAAGAAACGAAGGUGGAACUCAGAGACCACGAACACGUAGUGGAAUGUAUCGCAUGGGCACCAGACAGUGCAAGGGCAUCGAUCAAUGCUGCGGCAGGAGCAGACAACAAGGGUGCCCACGAAGGACCUUUCCUCGCAUCUGGCUCGCGAGACAAGGUAAUUCGUAUAUGGGACGUCGGUGCCGGUGUUUGUCUCUUUACCCUCUUGGGACACGACAACUGGGUUCGCGGCAUCGUCUUCCAUCCCGGUGGCAAGUUUAUCGUCAGUGCCUCUGACGAUAAGACCCUGCGAGUCUGGGACACGCGCAACAAACGGGUAAUGAAAACCCUCGAAGCGCACGUCCACUUUUGCACUUCCGUUGAUUUUCACAAAAGCCAUCCUUACGUGGUCACCGGUAGUGUCGAUCAAACGGUGAAGAUUUGGGAGUGCCGCUAGUCACCAAAACAUCAGGGUCUCGUUAAACCUUCGUCGAGGAAGAAAGAUUUUGGAGAGAAGGCGAACGAUGCGCGUCGAAUUCGAUGAAAAGGGCCGAGAGAGUAAGCUGCUACAAAAAAAAAAGUUAUCGUACAUACUACUAUUAUUAAUAUUAAUAUUAUUAUACACACAUAAACACGUACGAUUAAGAGCUCUUUAAUUAAUUUAUAAUAAAGUAUAAUUAGUAAUUAUUAAUAUUACAUAUACGUUUUACGGUAACGAACUGCACGAUUCGAGGAGAGUCGGUCGAAAUUAACUUUCUUUCAUGAGGAGGACAUUGCCAUAAUUUCGUCGACGAUGAAAAAGAAAAAACAAGAGAAGAAGAAAUUCAAGUGUUUCGAAUUGACUGACAAAAAAUGUACCGACAUAACAAUGUUGCUUCAUCGAAACGAUUGGUUGAUUGUUUCACAGAAACAUUAUCCCACUACGAAGCAUGUUAUAAUUGUACAUCUGGCUCGUUCGAACGUGUCGUCCUCCUCGAUCCAUCGACAAUGACGAGAAUUUCGGCUUGUGUUGCGUCUCUGGAAUAUAAGAAAAGAACAUAGUCGCUCGUUUGCUAUGCUGACCUCUCCUCGAGCGUUCUUGACGAUGUGACAUCGGAAAAUGACAUCGAUACGUAUAACAGAGAUUCGCGCGCGCGUGCGUAUACACGUAUUAAAAGAAAAAGUUAUAAAGAAAGGUAUGCGAGGCGUCAUCAUUUGUCGUGUACUGUGAGCGUCGAUAAAAUUGAAUCCAGCCUCCGACCGAGUACGUGGCAUGUAUCUUCGUACAAAAAAGUAAAAGGAUACACGAUGUAAUAAUAACAAAGUGCGAAUGGACGUGCCAAACGGGUGGACAGAUUUCAAGUGACGUUGAGAAUCGAGUAGCGCCCAUUUGGAACGUUUUAUUCAUACUCCAUAUUCCGUAUGUGUAUAUUCAUACUAUUCAUACAAGUGGACUAUUUCAAAUUGUUCCCCUGACAAAAAAGAGUUAAGCGAACGAACGAACAUCUAAUAUGAUUGGCCGAAGGCGUACCUAAUGCGGAAGGAAUAAUAUAGUGUAUCGAUAAACGAGACGUAGCUUUUCGGCAAUGCAUGACGUCCAAGCAACGUGCAUUAUUAACGAUAAUACUAGAAACAAGGGACGGCCGAAUGGAGCGUGCGAUUCGUGAAGAAAAUACGAGGAAAAUAUGUACAAGCAUGUAUUCGUAUGGAAGUACUUGAGCCGCAUAAUUCGUUGCGUGGGUCCCGAGAUACGAGGGGUAUUAGUUGUAUAUUUAGCUCUAAACUACUAUUAGCGGUAGUGCAGACGUAACGUAGACAAGAAACAUGAGAAAAAAGAAAAGAGAAAAAUAGAAUCAGGCCACGAGUGUACGAUCGAUCGGUACAAACACAACACACACCAUAUAUAAUAUUUACGCAGGUAUUCAUCGAGACCUCGUAUAACAAUGCUUAAUUGAUUAAGGCCGAUUUUUCAGACGAUAUAUUCUAUUCUCCGCUAUUACAUUUUUCCUACCAUUUUUCCUCCAUCGUCUAAGUAAAAGCCCUGUAUUCCCUUGUCCAUUUGCCCCCCCCCCCC